AUGGACAAGAAGAUCGAGAUGUCCUACUGCGACUUCGAGUCCUUCAGGUUCCUGGCCAGGAUGCACCUCGACGAGGACGUCGAAGGCCACGAGCUCUUCGGCGUCGUUAGGGCGUUGCUCCAGGAGGUCAACAUGGCGCCUGUCGACGUCGGCGAGCUUCUUACACCCAAGACUCUCGACGACGACGCCGGGUCGUGCCUCGCAAGGCUGGUGACGGCGUUAGAAAAGGCGAAAGCGGAGGAUGCUGCAAAGGCAGGGGGCCGGGGCACAGGCUGA